UUGUGUGUGUGUGUGUCUCAUCCCUGCGACUAAUGUAAAACAGUGAUCAUGUCUAAUUCAUAAACUGAGUGAGCGACAUCAGGUGUCCCAGCUAUGAAGUCAAGCGGAAACAACUUCCUGGUUGUGAAACAUGGCGGGUAUGUGUAUACUGACUGUCACCGUGGUCACAUCGGCUUGCUGGAUACAGGUUGUCAUUGGUUCCUGUUCCUGGGGAACAUUCGGAGAUUCGUGUAGCUACACCUGUCACUGUGGGCAGUCUUGUCACCAGACAACUGGUGUUUGUGGAGGUGCCUGUGAUAGAGGCUGGGUGGGAGGAGAGGGGAAAACCUGUCAAAAAGAAAACGUUGCCUUAGGAAAAGACGCCUCAUCCCCUACUCGACUGUGGUCAUCUGCCUGGUCUGCAGACAAAGCUGUAGAUGGGAACUCUAACCAGGAUGUGCACCAAGGCUCCUGUUUCAACUCUGCUGACGACGUUAGGAGUUUGUGGACAGUGGAUCUGAGACACGACUACAGGAUACAUGAUGUCAGGAUAUAUCAUCAGAAACUUCAUCUUGGUCGAAUUCGCACGGCUGCACUCUACCUGAGCAACACCAGCACCACACCCAGUGCCCCAUGCUACUCCUUCCCGUCCAACACUUCAGACACUGGCAACGGUAUCUACAACGUGGUCUGUGAUGGAAUAGGGAGAUACUUCACCAUCACUGAUCCCGCACACUUGAAUCUGUGUGAGGUAGUGAUUUAUGUUUGCAGUCCAGGAGUCUUCGGCGAUAGCUGCAAUCAGUUCUGCCAAUGCUUACGAGCAACAUGUGACCCAGUCAGUGGUGUGUGUCCUGGAGACUGUAGAUCAGGGUGGCAGGGAGACAGGUGUGACACAGAAUGUGACGCUGAUUACUAUGGAGUCAACUGUGUGAACAUAUGUACUAACAGGAAAUGUUCUGAUGUCAAUUCAUCGUGUGAUCGCUACAAUGGAUCAUGUGACACGGGAUGUCUCCCUGGAUGGAGAGGUGUGGACUGUACACAAGAAUGUUACAAUGGAACCUAUGGAGCUGACUGCAACAUGGCUUGUUCAGAAAGAAAAUGUGCAGGAGACUCGUCUUGCGAUCAUGUGAGAGGAACAUGCACAUCUGGAUGCGUAUCUGGAUGGAAGGGUGGAGCCUGUACCACGGCCUGUGACAGCCAACAUUACGGAGCUAACUGUGACAAGACAUGCGCCUCCAGACAAUGUGUGGGAAACUCUUCCUGUAACUCAACAGGGGACUGUGACAGGGGAUGUGAGACAGGGUGGACACUGUACGACUGCACAGCGUGCAUUCGAGGCCAUUUUGGGGGCGAAUGUAAAGAGGAAUGUGGACUGUGCGCUGGUAAUAACACAUGUGACCCUAAUUCAGGCAAGUGUCCCUCUGGCUGUGCUGAAGGAUACAUGGGACCCCAGUGUAAAGAUCAGUCAGAACCUGCCCAGGCAGAACCUGCCCAGACCGUCCCUGUCGCAGCUCUAGCAGGAACUGCAGUGGGUGUUGUGCUUGUGGCCCUUGUGGUCAUCCUCGUUGUGCUUCUCACAAGAAGGAGACGGCAGAAAGGAAAGGGAUCUUCUUCCAAUGAAUCAGUCCUAAAAGAGACUUCACAUGUCCCUUCCAAGACGAAAAACAUUCAAGAUGCAGAAAAUACAUACAUAAAUGUUGGAUUUGAUGAGGAAGCGAAGCCAGUCGUGUCAUCCAAGAAGACUCGGACAACUACUGCACACGUGGCUGUAGGUUCUCCAGCCCCAGAUGGUCGCAAUGUUAACCUGCGUGAAAACCAAAGUGGGGACAAACGUGACAACGUACUUGUUAAUGAUCCAGUCGACAGUCAAGGUCAAGGUCUGCCCGUCCUGGAGGAUGAAGAAGAUUAUGAUACCCAUGCUCAGGUAACACCACAGGAAGCACCCGAUCUUGCUGACAGAAGUUACUACAAUCUGGAUGAUGUUGAAGCAUGCCAUGCUAUCCCCGUGUCCUCACUUGCGACACGAGUGCAGGCGAUGGAAGACCAGCCUGAAAGGGCUGAAGAGGAGUUUAAGCGUCUACCUGAUGGUUUCAUGCAUUCCUAUGAGGAAUCACAAAAGACGAAGAACAAAGGGAAGAACAGGUUCAAAGGAUAUUACCCAUAUGACUUCAAUCGGGUGAUCUUGCAUGACGCUAGUGAUGACAGUAGAGGUGACUACAUCAACGCAAGCUACCUGGAUGGUUACAAGUCAGAGAAGCGUUAUAUAGCAGCACAAGGUCCCUACAAAUCGGACAUAAUAACGGACUUCUGGAAGAUGAUCUGGCAGGAGGGGUGCAGCACUAUUGUCAUGGUAACAGGUCUGGUGGAAGCAUGCAAGAUGAAGUGUCUACAAUAUUGGCCAGAGAAGGGUACCAAGACGUUUGGAGACAUAACAGUUACUCUGGCAGCACAAACACAACUAGCAAACUAUACUAUCACCAAGUUGGCUGUUCAGAAAGAGAAGGAAAGCAAGAGGGGGAUUGUCCACCACCUUCACUUCACCAGCUGGCCAGAUCAUGGUGUGCCGGACACCGCUGCCCUGCUGGACUUCAUGUGGAGGGUCAAGGUCAUAUCUGGACAACAAACACAGCCGAUCAUAGUUCACUGCAGUGCUGGUAUAGGUCGAACAGGGACGUACAUCACUAUCGAAAGUCUUGUGGAGCAGGCAAAGACAGAGGGUGUUGUGGACGUCGUUAGCUUCGUCUCCAACAUGAGAGGGCAGAGGAAGAACAUGAUUCAAACAAAGGAGCAGUACUGGUUCAUCUAUCAGGCGUUGGCAAGGGCCGUGACAGAGGGGGACACAACACUUGACUCCACCUCCAUCGAACACCUUGACCUCGGUCAGGUGUUAGAUGUUACCGUGGGCAAUAGGACGGUACUACAACACCUCGAGGCUUUACAACGCGGAGGUGGGGGGCAUGCCGAGGGAGCAAUUGUCACAAGCGUUCCUUCACAUGCAUCUCUGAAUGGGUUCUUUAUUAUGUCGUCACAUCCGGAAAAAGAGGCCGUGUGGAAUCAAGUUUACAACAGUGACUCGCACAUUUUAAUAACAUAUGCUGGAGGUGCUCAGGAUUACCUCCCAUCAGUAGACUGUCCUGUUACCACCACCAGAUUUGAAGUGAGCAUGUCCAGGUCUACAGCUCUGUCUGAUGACACCCUUCUGAACACAGUGGAGCUGAAACUAAAGGAUAUCGAUGACACUACUGUUGUUCAACAUUACAACAUCAUGGGGAGUGUGAGGGAUCCCAGUUUCCACUUGCUGAUUGACAACUUUCUCACGUGGACAAGUGAUCCCAAACGAGGCUUAAGCACAGUGGUAGCAGAAUCUGUGGAGGAGUUUCGUCUCUUGGUGCUUCUGCUUAACAUCGCCAGCAGGCUGGAGGACGACGGUAGGGUGGACGUCAUCAACAACAUGCGACAGCUUUACACUCGUCUUGGAGGUCCGCCAUUCACAGAGACUGACGUGAGAUUCUGUCUUGAUUUCACUCAGCGGAGGAUGAAGAAACUUGGAGUUUACGCCAAUUUCUGACACCAUAUCCAGACGAAAGCACGACUGGCUAUAUACAGAGGGGCUACGCUUAUCUCAAUUUGUGCUAGGCCCAAGUUCUACAAUACGCUGAAAAGUCACACUGACUUUUGUUUCCAAUAACAUUCUCAAAGCAAGAUUUAAAAUACAAAAAAAAUGCGAAUUUCACACCACACAUGCAAUGUGUCAGAUACACAUUGACGAGAUCAGAGUACAGAUAAUUACACCAGUCGACAAAGGUCAGUAUUAAAAACAUAUCACAUACUGAAGUAGAAAUGACACUAGUUCAACUACUAAACCGUUCCACAAUCUCAUAUAUCAAAAUUAUACUUAAUGCAUUUUACAUUCUAAGAGUAAGAUAUCCUUCCCGGGGAUAAUCAGGUAUUUCAGUAUAUCUGCGCCAAGUGUGAUGCCCCAGCAGGAUGCUAUGUAGUUACUGUACUUUGGGAAUAAUCCCAUGAUUGUAAAUUACGCGUUUGGUCCUAUCACCGUCAAUAAUCAGAAGUAUAGUAUCUUGUUCUUCUUUAUGGUUGUGAAACCAAAAGGCAUGAUGGUUUUUGUAGUUAUUUAUAGGUUUAAUAAUCCAAAUCAAACAGGAGAACUUCGGAUCAUCAUGCUCAUCAUGGAUUUUAUACAUUGUACAGGCUAGCCUUGAUCAGAUGAAGGUUCAUACUCUGAGGAAUUCAGUCACUGACACAUUGUUCGAUAUGCUUAUGCACAUGCCUACCCCCAAAAAACACUUAGGGGACUCAGAGUCUCAGAGACAUAGUUUGCUGUGUAGAGCUGUGUCAACAAAGUGGAGACAUCUUGGGCUGCUUUCCCAAACAUUAAUCUUACUCACUUCCUCUGACAACUCUUUGCGUGUACAUUUUUAAAUCAAAAGGGAUAAUAUAAUAUGAUACAGCAAAGCAUAGCAUAGCAUAGCAUAGCAUAGCAUAGCAUAGCAUAGCAUAGCAUAGCAUAGCAUAGCAUAGCAUAGCAUAAUAUAUUAUCAGUUAUAUUAAUUUGUGAUUUCAAUAAAUGUCAAUGUAAAUGGCAAUAAACAGUGUAAAAAAUGUCAGUAAACUUCACAGUUAUUGAAGCUUAUGACAGCAUUAAGAAAUCCUUUAAGAGUAAAACAAAAUCAUGAUGCAUCUUUCGAGUGAAACCUGUUUUUGGAAGCACAGACACAGAAAGCCUUUCCGUCUUUGAAUGUAAUAAUCCUGUUAUUAAUUAUAAUAUCCCCACAAGGAUAUGAGGAUGUAAGAAUUAAGAAAAGCAUGUGAAACAAUAGAUACAUAUACAUUGAUAUAAACUAUUUCAUUUCCGGAUAGAAUCAAAUGACUCUUUUUGUAACAUUCUUGUGAUAGUUAAUAAACUCAUUAUUCACAUUCAAGAUAUAUCUGUUACAUUUUAUGCACAAAUAAAUUAGAUUAUGUUGCC